GGUACAUAACGAAUCUUGGAGAUAAACGCUGGCAUUACUCAAAAUCCGUUCCAAAUGAAACCAGUAUCAAGCUUCAAAAGGAUUGCGUGAACAGACGGUCACUUCUGGUCACAGGAUGCCUCGUUCCCGCAGGAGCCGAAAACGUCCCACCCAGCCACAGAACAGCACAGGUGACGACGUUGAUUCCGGCCAGCAGGAUGAGCUCACAAGUGUCAGUUUGUCUAAGAAACCCAAACAUCAUCAACGUCGGGGUGAGCUGGAUGACAUGAAUGUCACACCUGGAAGUGCCGAGCAUCCUGCAGAAGAUACUAGUUCAGCAACUAACAAUGACAACACCACUGCUGUACAGGUGGUGAGAAGUAAGCUGUGUUCCAGGUCAGAGGGAGGCAGCACCAUGAUUUGUGAUUCUGACUCAGAGGAUGAUGGCUACACCUGCAUGGAACUACCAACCCUCAUCAGGCAGCUUAAAUCUGUGCUGGACCAGUACCCUGAUGAUGGACAGAUACUCAAGGAGCUGAUCCAGAAUGCUGAAGAUGCAGGUGCCACUGAGAUGCGAAUUCUGUAUGACGCACGAGAUAUCCAGCCAGAUGUUGAUCCAAGGCUCCGCAAGAAGAUGCAGUACCUGGCCUCAUUACAGGCCCCAGCCCUAUGUGUGUACAACAAUGCCUUGUUCACAGAAAAGGACUGGUGUGGAAUCAAGAUGUUACACAGCAGUAUAAAGGAAGAGGAACCACUCAAAGUUGGACGCUUUGGGUUAGGGUUUAAGUCCGUGUUCCAUGUAACAGAUUUCCCUUGUGUUGUAAGUGGAGACACUGUGUUAUUCAUCAACCCCCAUGUGAGGAAUCUUGACAAAGUCUGCUAUGUGAAGAAACUCAGCUCUCUUCCUAUAGAGACCAGCCAGACCCUCCUCCAGGUCCUCCGCGGGACAUUCAGCUUCACAGAUGAUGUAGCAGAAAGAGGAUAUUAUGAAGGAACUAUCUUUUGGUUCCCCCUCAGAAAAAGGGAGUCAGAGCUGUCAGACAAUUGUUACAAUGAGAAGAAAGUGAUGGAUCUCUUUCAGGCAUUCAAGGCUGGAGCUUCCAUUACCCUCUUAUUCCUAAAGUCCAUUGAGAAGAUACAGUUGUACCGCAGGCUAUCUGAAGCAACACUGAACAUUGACUUCACAGUACAGCUUUCUACUGCCUGUCGCCAGCUAGUCAGAAAUAAGAAAAACACUUUCAUCAGUUCAGUAAAGCAGUUAAAUGGAGAAAUACCACCGUCAUCAAUAGAAAGCCAGCUUAACUUGACUGUGGAAAUACAGGAAAGAGACAUGUCUGCCCAGGAAUGGAUUGUUAUAAACUUUUACAAAGGAGGAUGUGUGAGUGAAAAGUUCAGACAACUGUGCAGUGAUUCUAGCCUUUCCUACUCCCCCUAUGUGGGUGUGGCGGUUCCUGUCAGUCAACAGUGUGAAGGUCAUGUGUUCUGCUUCCUCCCACUUCCUCUGCAGAGUCACAGUCCCACAGGUCUGCCGGUUCAUGUCAAUGGCUUUUUUGCCUUGAGUCAGAAUCGAAGACAUGUCAAGUGGCCCACAGCAGAUCAACUGCAGAAUCAGUCACACACAGACAAAGCUAUUGAGUGGAACAAGUGUCUCGUGAGUGAAGUGCUACCAGAGGUUUAUUGUAACAUUCUCAAAUAUAUCAUUCAGUACUCUCGAGAACAAGCAAAUUCAGUCAAAAUGAAGGAGCAGGUUUAUAGAAUGAUACCAGCAGUUGCUGAAGUUGAUGUGAACUGGAGGCCAGUCCUUUCACUGUUUCAUGACCAGUUGUACCACAGCAUACCAUUCCUGUUCACUCCAGCCAAAAAGAUUUGGAUAAGACUGGAGGAAGGUGUCCUAGUGGAUGAGACCAGUGAACUCCGGUCAUUGAUUAUGGAUAUAUUUACCUUGUACAACAGAAACAUUGUGCCAGUACCAUCAACACUAUUAAAGACAUUGCAAAUUCAAUUCAGCAAAGAGGUAAACAUUGUGACAGAAAAAGCUAUCUGUGAAACACUGAGAUCAGGUGACAAAUAUACAUCACUUCCAAGACCCACGAAGCUCACUCUUGUGCAACACCUCCUGGGGUCAGAUCAGUAUGAGCUCCUGAAGGACCUGUAUCUGCUACCAGUUGCUGAUGGAAGCUUUGCUCAGUUUGGGAAAUGUGAUGUUGUCAUUUGUGACAGCCCAGCAGAUGUUCAACUCUUUCCAGGUCUUAAUCAUCAGUUUGCUGAAACAGGCCUUCCUAGGGAUUUACACAACCUCCUCAAGAAACGUGCACCUGAUGGAGUCCUUGGGCUGUCUGUGAUGACCCCUGCCAUAGUUCCAGGGCUACUACGCAAAUGUCUACACAAGCAUUUUCCUGGAGGUAAUGCUGAACUUCCUUCUCAGUAUUUGAACCUGAGCUGGCUGGAACAAGUGUGGACCUACAUUAAAGAUCAGGAGAUAAAUGCCCAGUCCACAUUCAGAGAACUGAAGAUCUUGCCUGAUGUUAACAGCUCUGGGAGAGGCAAACUACACAGCUUUGAUAAUGUGUUCAUAGCCCAGUCCGUCCCAAACAUGGAAUCACUGCCACCAAAUGUGGGCAGUGCACUGCAGAAGUUAGAUAUUAUCCAUCUGAAGUAUGUCCCUGACUUUGUUCUUCAAAAUCCACAUGUCUUUGGGAAAGUUAUCAAAUACCCAACACAAGCUGGUGUUAUGAGUGCUUUGGAGAAACUUUCAGAACACGCAGGCCUAAACACAGCUGUACAGAAGUUCAACUCCAUGGCUCAGAAACAGGAGAGAAAGGCCUUGGUGGAUUUCAUGAGCCGCUGUCAGAUGUCUGAAAAGACCAUGGUGGUUUUGAGGAAGUUGGCAAUAUUCACAGUUACAGACGGCAGUGACUGUAGUGUGGAAUCUCAGUUGACACUUGCACCUGAUAAGAAAAUACCAGUACCAUAUCCUGAGCAAUACAUGCAGUGUUCAUCCCAUACAGUUAAGAAGCUGGCUCUGAAACUUGGUGUACCACAGGGGUCCUUUCUUGAUGUCUGUCAACAGAUCCUUAACCGGAUGCUUCACAAAUUAUACACAAAUGAUCAAAUCACAGAUUUUGUAGAGUUUCUUAUGAAAAGUCAUCAACAGAUCAUAGAAAAAACAAAAGAGGUUGUUUCACAGAUAGAAUAUUUGUCAUCUAGAAAUGGAAGAGAUGGCUUGAGAGCAUGUGAUCUCUUUAGUCCUGACAAUGAUUUCCUUAGAAAACUGUUUUGUAUGGAGGACAAGUUCCCAACCCAGAGACAUACAAGGACAGACACACUGAAGAAAGGUCUAAAAACUAUUGGUCUUAAAACAGAGGAAGGUGUUACAGAAGGUGACAUUGUGACAUCUGCAAGGAAAAUUGAAGAGUUGGUUCACACUGGCAAGAGUUCUGAUGCAGAAGUGAAAGCAUCAGCACUGACCAAGUGCCUAGAAAGAAACUGGAAAAGAUACUCUCUACCAUUGCUUUCUGAACUCAAAGUGAAGAGAUGCAUUCCAUGUUUGCAGCUAAAACCGGCCACAUAUCCUCCUUCUUUGACAUGGAAAGGACAUUUAAGUGGUCCUCUUUUGUGUUCAGAGGAUGUCUACAGUUCCAAAUAUUCAUCAGUUAUUGGAUCUGUUUGUCCAGUUGCAAGUGCCAUGCCUGAAAGUGUUGAGCCUAUUUUAGGACUGAGCAGACAUCCAAAACCACAUCAAGUAAUACAACAUCUGAAAAAUAUGGGGAGUGUCUACAAGAGUAGAGAACAUAACCUCUACAUGGACUUUUUGGAGAACAUUUAUAACUUCCUACAAUCCCAGUGUUUGUCGGAAACAGACAAGGAGAUGUUGGCAUGUACACAAUGUGUCUGGGUAGGAGUCGAAGAUGGAUUCCAGUAUCCAAAGUCAGUCUACAUACCGAAGUCAAGUGACUUGGAUCUGAAACCGUACAAAUUUCCUCUGCCAUCUCUGCUGAGUAACUGGAGUUCAUUACUCCAAGACUGUGGGUGUCACCAGAGUCAAACACCUCACAUGUUAACUGGUGUCCUGGAAGAAAUAAAAGAAAAGCAUGAUGGUUUCAAAACUUCAAACACAAAGAGACCAAUUGAUGUACAGAACGACCUGAAACUUAUUCUGCAGAUUCUUAAUGAACUGAAAAAUUUUCAACCACGACCUGACAGAGUUUACCUUCCAGUCCAUCAGAAAAAUGAUGAGUUUCUUAUCCUGCUUCCAGCAGAACAGUGUACCUACUGCAAUGCAGAGUGGCUCAAGGAUCAGACCUCUGAUGACGCAGAGGGUGAGGAUGAUGAAAUAUGGUUUGUCCAUUCGAACAUAUCUGAGAAUACAGCACAACAACUUGGUGUGUGUUCCUUGACUGAGCGUGUAAUGGAUGACACUGAUGACUUUAAUAUGGAGUAUCAUCAGUCAGAACCCUUGACUCGCAGGCUUAAGAAUUUGCUUCAUGAAUACACGGAUGGAUUUUCCGUCCCAAAAGAACUGAUACAGAAUGCAGAUGAUGCAGGGGCUACAGAAGUUUGCUUCAUGUAUGAUGAGAGACAGAAUCAAGAUGCAAGAACAUCACUUAUGAAUGAGAAUAUGGCUGCACUCCAGGGUCCUGCAUUUUGGGCUUAUAAUAAUUCAAGCUUCAAAGAGAGUGACUUCAACAACAUACAGAAACUCAGUGGAGCAACAAAGGAAGAGGACACAACCAAAGUAGGCAAGUUUGGAUUAGGAUUCAACUCUGUCUACAAUCUAACAGAUGUUCCAAGUUUCAUAAGCUUGAACAAUAUAGUGAUAUUUGACCCACACGAGAAGCAUUUGGGGAAGCCAGGAUUGAGAGCCAACUUGAAGAGUGUUAAAAAUAGCAAAAUGUUGCGAAAAAUGGGUGGCCAAUUCAAGCCUUUUGAGGGAAUAUUUGGUUGCCGGUUCAAAAGACAAGCACCUAGUGAGCCAAUAUGUGAUGGCACUCUUUUUAGGUUCCCUUUGAGAACACAAGAUCAAGCGUCUGAAAGUGAAAUAAAGGACUUGUCCUAUUCAGCACAUGAAAUGGGGGAAUUUUUCAAAAAGUUUGCUGAAAGUUCUGGAAAUCUUCUCCUUUUCACACAGAAAGUCUCAUGUGUCAAGUUUUAUCAUCUACCACCUAAUGGAGACCCUGAUCAUCCUAAACUACUUCUCCAUGUGAAGAAAACAAUUCAAAACCAAACAAUCCUGUACCCUGUUGGAUCAUCAUUGACUGGACACAGCGUCUUGUCAUAUGCAGCAGGGGCGUGGAGAAAUCAACCAAGUGAGGGUCUCAAGAUAAGAGAGAGAACUGAUAUCCAUCUCCAAAUAUUCAAUGCUGGUAUGACAAGGAAGCUGAAGCUUGUGGUUGGUGUAAACACUAUUCGCUGGCUCAUUAUGUGGGCUACAGGUCAGAGGGAGUCUGGAAUCUUUGCUCGUUCAGGAAAGCUGAAAGGAUUGCUCCCAUUAGCAGCUGUUGCCCUGCCACUGAAGAUGGAAGAUGGACGAAAUGGUGUUUAUGAAAUGAAAGAAUGCCCAACAGGAUUCUACAAAGAAGGACACUAUUUCUGUUUUUUACCGUUACCAGUGCAUGUUCCAUUUCCAGUUCACAUCAAUGCCACAUUUGCUCUCACAUCUGACAGAAGACAGCUGUGUACUCAGACUGAAGACGACAAAGAGCUCUAUGAAGCUGUUUGGAACCAAGUGUUGAAACAAGAUGCAGUUUGCAGAUCUUAUGUAUCUGCACUGGUUGAGAUGCCAGUUGACCUUCAAUCUGAUGUAUACUCUUUCUAUAAGCUAUGGCCACAUACAUGUCAAACUGAGGAUCCCAUGGUAAAAAGUUUCUAUCAAGUAGUUGCUCAGGAAGAUGCACAAGUGUUCCUUUUCCCUCAUGAUGGUACAGUCAAGAGAACAAGUUUUCAAAGAAUCAGAUUUCUUAACCGAACCCUUCACUCUGAUGGAGUUGUAGGAAACAUAGCAUUCAAAGCAGCUGUGCACUUCUGGAACAAUACAGACAAAGAUAUUGUUGAUGUCCCUGGCAGGAUUUUAGAUAGCUUCAAAGCUGCAGAUCUCUCAAAUGAAUUAGAAUCGAGAUGUAUGUCAACCUUUGAAUUUUUUUCAACUGUUUUCUUUCCCAAUAUUUGUGAUGAAUAUUGGACAAAAGAAGACAGGGAUAAGCUAACAAUAUAUGCCUUGAACUUGCAAGAUUCUGAUAUCCAUAACCUGAUGAAAGCAACAGCAUGUGUUCCAUCACGUCCUCAUGGUGUGCUGAAACAGCCGGGACAACUUGUACACCCACAUGGAAAGUGUGCAGCAAUGUUUUUGGAUGAGGAUGAAUGUUUUCCAACAGGAACAAGUUUACAUGGUUUCACAGAACCACGUCUACUAGAAAUACUCUGUAAGCUAGGAAUGGUAAGGGAUGAUCUCCCAGGUGAGUCUCUGCUUGAGAGAGCUCAGUCAGUGGCCAGUCUUCACCAGAGGAAACCACAGGAAGCAGUGAAAAGAUGCUGGAAGAUUGUUGGCUACAUUUCAGAGACUGAUUACUCCAGUAGACAGCUGGUGAAGAAGCAGCGUAUUGCUGAGUACACUGAAGAAGUCAUACAACACCUAAAAAAAAUUCCCUUCUUGCCUAUGUUGCAGCAUCCGGCAACAUGGCUACUGUCAUGGAAAGCAGAUGAAAUUCCACACCAGGUCUUUGCUAAAGCCAGUGAAAUGUUUAGCAGCAAGGUUUUGAAUUUGGUGGGCUGCUCAAAACUUGUCAUUGAUUCCAGUUACCCUGGUUACUCGAGAAAUGAAGAAGAUGUGUUAACACUGAUUGGGCUGCGUCACAAAGAUGAAAUUGAUAUUGAUACAGCAGCAAGACAACUUUUGUAUGUUGCUGAGAAGAUCAACUGUACAACAAAACCAUCAUUACUCAAGCAAUUAAGUGACAUGUGUUUUGAAAUAUAUUCUUACUUGAAACAUUGGUAUGAAGAAACAGAAAGUGAAGAUAAUAUUGAACACAGAACCACUACACUUGAAGUGCUUGGAAAGGAGUGUGUCAUAUUAGUUGGUGAACGAAUGGUGCGACCUCGUCAGGUAGCUUUUCGGUUAUCCCAGGAUCUGUCUCCUCAUCUGUAUCAAGUUGCCACAAGCCAUACUAAGAUAUUUAGACAGCUAUUUGAAGUUUUAGGAGUGAAAGAUAGCUUUGAUAUUCAAGACAUUUUAGCUGUUGUUCAAUCUAUCUCUGAUGAUACUGGCCUGGAGAAGCUCACCAAUGAAAAUCUUUCAUGCAUUGAGAGACUGAUGAAUGCUUUGAUUGACAUCUUACCAGAACCGUAUGGCAAGAGUGAAAUACUGGAGAUAAUGCUUCCAGACAGACAUGGUUUUCUGUAUGAGGCAUCAUCACUUUGUUUGGAUGACUGUGAUUGGGUUGAUGAAGAUGAUACCAUGACGUUUCUUCACCCUAAAAUCCAUCCAGUGGCAGCUAGAUGGUUAGGAGUAAAAGGGAAAAGAGAGGCUGACCUUUGUGACCAUAUUUCAUCAAUUGAAUCUUUUGGACAAAGUGAAAAACUCACUUCCAGAAUAAAGAGAAUCCUAUCUGGCUAUCCCUGUGAUGUUUCAAUAAUGAAGGAGUUGCUACAGAAUGCUGAUGAUGCUGGAGCCACAGUACUGAUGUUUAUCAAAGACUUUAGGUCUCUCCCAACAACUCAAGUAUUUGGUGAAAACUGGUCCUCUCUGCAGGGUCCUGCUCUGUGCGUCUACAAUGACAGCUUCUUUACAGAUGCAGAUUUUGCUGGCAUUAAGAAUCUUGGUCAAGGUAGUAAAGGGGAUGACCCAUUGAAAACUGGACAGUAUGGGGUUGGUUUCAACGCAGUUUACCACCUGACUGACGUACCUUCCUUCAUGACGGUUGGUCCAACUACAAACAAAACUAUCUGUGCCCUGGAUCCGCAUGUCAAGUAUGUUCCAUGGGCCACAUGCAAAAAUCCAGGUGUAAAAAUACAAAAUCUUGAUAAAUUAAGAGUGAAGUAUAAAGAUGCAUUUGAGGGUUACCUUGAAGAAUGUGUCCCGCUGCAAAAAAAAGGGACACUCUUUCGAUUUCCUCUGAGAACAGUGGCUAUGGCUGAGGAUUCCAUAAUUUCAAACAAGGAAAUAACAACAGACAUGAUAACAGAUCUUCUUGAGGAGUUCAAGAAAGAUAUGUUUGAUUCUCUUCUAUUUCUUCAUAAUGUGAAAAAGAUAGUAAUUGCAAGUAUAUCAGCAGAUGGAGAAUUGUCAAAAGAAUAUUCACUUGAAUCGAAAAUGACAGAAGGAGAUGCAGAAGAACAAAAGCAGUUUAUGGAAGACUUAAGAAGCCAAGCUGUAGCAAGAAAACACCUUCCUGCAUUAACACCCUUGGAACUGAAGCUGUCACUCGAGGUACAAGAUUCUAUAGGCAAUAAGCAGCAGUGGUUAGUUGUUCAUAGAAGUGGAUUUACCAGUGACAAAGAUAUUCCCGCCUCUGUCUCUUCAGCCUGGGAGAGAGGCGACAUUGGUCUACUUCCAAGAGGGGGCAUUGCAGUACCAAUACCAACCAAGUCAGCCCAUUCUGGAUCAGGAAUUGUAGGGAAAGCAUUUUGUAUCCUACCUCUACCAGUGUCGACUGGCCUACCUGUACAUGUAAAUGGCCACUUUGCUCUAGACCAUGAAGCAAGAAGAAACUUGUGGCAUGGGUCACAAGACCACAGGUCUGACUGGAACAAACACAUAGUGGAGGCUAUAGUCAUUCCAGCAUAUCUAUCAGCAAUGGAAACAAUGAAAACCAAGAUGUCCUGCACACAAGAAUUUCAAGUAAAGGUACUUCAACAGAAUCUUAAAGGUUAUUAUCUGUUUUUGCCAGAUAUUUCAAAAGCAACAGAUAGUUUCUGGAAGUCCAUGGCCAUGAGUAUCUACACAGACAUAGUACAAAAGAAGAGCAAUUUAUUUGGUGUCAUUAAACCAGUACAUGGGAAAUUCUCUGAUCAUCCUGAAGGCAGAACAUGUGACAUUAUAGCCAGUGUGAAUUGGGUAUCAGUGACCAGUGACGUUGGGUUUGCAGGUUAUUUUAAUGACUUGGGGUCUUACUACCAGAUUGAGCGGUCACAUUUCUUUAGACAGUUCCAAUCUCCAGCAUCAUCCCGGAAGAUGUAUGAUGCAACAGCAAGGAGAAACACACAAAAACUGAGUGAAGUUUUGCGGGAUCUCAACAUGAAGGUCAUUGAUGCUCCAUUUCAAAUCUAUGGUCAAUUUCAAGAAGCAAACCUGUCAGACAAAGUUAGCUGUGUAACACCUGAAAAAACUCUCCAGUUUUUGAAAUCAUAUGCUGAUGAAAGUGAUGAUAAAUGCACACUAGGGACAUUGCCAAGACUGGUUGAUGAAACGCCAUACAAAUCAGUUGCAACCUUGAAACUUCUAACUUGGUUCAUUGUAAGAGCAGAUUCGUUUGCUUCAGAAAUCUGUGGCCUUCCAUUGGCAAUGACCAUCUCCAGAAAGGUGGCAGUGUUCAGCAGUAGUGAACCACUGAUUGUGACAAGUUUUACUGACUUACUAACAUCUGUACCAGAUGUUGCACUUCAUCCUGAGAUAGCUGGCCUCUAUAUGGAACAUAUCACACAAUCAUCUUCUCUGAUGGAUAUGGAGAUUGGAAAGUUUGCAUCGAUGCUUCCAUGCAUCCUGGUUCGCCAAAAAUUUGCAUGCAAAUCUUUGAUACCAUGGCAACAGAAUCCUGAUUUUCCCUCACAUCAAUGGAUAGCUCGUUUAUGGCAGUAUCUUAACAAAGAGAUCAAGAAGAUUUCCGAAAAAAACAAAACUGAGGGAUGGUUAAGAAAUCAGUUGGAACCAUUGUCAACAUGGUGUUUAUUGCCUGCAAGGAGAGAUACCUUCAACUUCUUUCUCUGUUCCAUCAAAGAUUCUUCUAAAAUUAUUGACCUGGACAGUGUCACAGAAAUGACAUGUGCUAGAGCUCUGAGAAAAGUAAAAAUUCUUCAUUUUGAUCAGACUAUGUUCAAUUGUGAGAAGUUCAAAAACGUCAGAACUGUUGAACUUGUUCCGAACUUAGUGUCAAACUGGAAAAACCCUGAUGCAGUUCUCUUUGCUCUCUCAGCAGUAGACUUUUCAGAAUGUGAAUCACUGUCUGAAAUAGAAGCAGAGUCAUUCUUGUCCUAUUUUUGUAAGAAUUUAGACAGUUUGGAGCAGUCACAAGGCUUUCUCAGCUUAAAGGACGGGUUAAAGAGUUUGCCAUUUUACCCUACAGUGAUAGGUCGACUGGUGCCCUUAGCAGGGGAUGUGUAUGCAGUGAAAUCCUCAUACAAGCUGCCAAAGACUUGCCUGGAACACUGGAGUACAGUGACAGGGACAACUCUUCUCAGGUACAAUGAACUAUUAAAGACACUGAUCGAGUACCUCGGGGUACCAGCACUGACACUGACAGAAGUGUACGCCAGUUUACUGAUUCCAUCCUUCCAUCAUUUCCCAGGGAGUGCAAAACCUGUCCAUCUUAAAUUCAUUAAAGAAUCGCUUCUGCAGAAAUCUGAGACGUACAGUAAUGAGCAAUUGCAGUUGAUAGAGCAGUUGAAAAGAUUGAAGUUCAUUGAAACAAGUGAUGGAGAGCUUCACAGAGCGGAAGAAUUUUACAAUAGGAACGAGGUUGUAUUUGCCACAAUGUGUCGUGUUUCUGCCUUUCCUCCUGACCCAUACAACAAACGUGAAUGGUACAAUUUUCUUGUCCUCAUUGGUCUUCAAGCAGUUGUCAGUGUUCAUCAAUUUGUAAACUUUGCAAAAGAAGUCGAGAGAUUAGGGUUGGGAGGAAUUUCCAUAGAUGUUGCAAAGAAAUCUGCAGUUCUUAUUCAGCAUCUUUGUAGGAGACCUGAAAAGAAACAGGAAGGUAUCCUGGGUAGAGUAAAGGCCAUCAAGUUUCUUCUGCCGUAUGUAGUGGAUAAAGAGCAUGAAACUGGUACUAUCUUGACCCAAAUCCACCCCCAGUUUCAAGCUGCCAAGUCUCUGGUUUGCUUUUCUGAAUCACUUAGACCACAACAUUGCUAUUGUGUCUGGACCAGUUGCACAAUGUUCCGCACAGAAGACGAUCCAUCUGAAUCAGAAUAUGGAGACAACAAGAAGAUUAUUCAUUCACAGCUUGGGAUACCAGAUUCUCCUCCAGCAAAUAUAGUUGUUCAACAUGUACUGAACAUGUGCACCUCAUUGACAGAGAUGCAGAAAAAACUACCAAUCCAAAGUAAAGAUAUUGUUGAAUCUUUGAAGAAAGUGAUGAAAGCUGUGUAUGAAUAUUUACAAGACAAUGGAAUUUCAGAUACAAUAAAGGAAAAAUUGACUGCCAUCUGCACUAUAUAUUUACCAGAAAAAAGAAUCUUUGUAGCUGCAGAUGAAGUAGUUACACAACUCAGCGUGGAAGAAGUUAUAGAUGGUUAUGUCUACUCAGGUCCACUAAGUUUUGGUGAGUUUUUCCCUGUGUUUGAAGCACUAGGAGCAGCAAAAACAGCUUCAGCAAACACAUUUGCUUGUGCAUUGCAGAAACUACAAGGUCAAGUUGGAAACGAGGAGUUGAAUCCAAAUGAAUUACUUGUUGUCAAAACUGCACUGAAUUUGUUAUUCAAGAAGUAUCUUCGUAAUAACACUGGUAGAAGUCUUGAUCUCUGUUCACUGUUUCUACCAAAUUGUGACAACGUCAUGACUCUGUCAACAAAACUAGUAUUUUCUGACAACAGGACAUUGAGGCAAAGGGUGAAAAAGUUGAAACUGAACUUCUUUGUAGGAUUCAGAAAGUUGGAGAUUGAUGUAGUAAAUCAUUUGCAAACCAUUUUGCUCCUUCCACCAGAACACAGACCCACAAUACUGAGUAAGGUCAUUAAGGAAAAACUGACAGAUACAUGUACUGGAUCAGCAUGUAAAGGUAGCAUUUCAUCCAAGAUUCUGACUGUGAUCCAGACACCUGAAUUCAUAUCAGGACUUGUACGACUUGUCAACCAUGAGAAAAUCAUGAAGGAAUUAAGACCACUAGAAAGAGCAGACUGUGAGAAACUUGAACAUAAUUUGUCGAAUAUUGAGCUCUUUGAAGUUGAGCGUCUGGAAACUUGUAUUAUCUAUGAUGGAAAUAUUGUUGAAGGCAGUGAAUCUACCAAGACAUGUUUUACUGAUAAGGAACAACAGUCACUGUGCAUGUACAUUUCUACAAAUGCUAUGACUAAAGAUGAAGAUUCUGUAUAUUCCAAUUUGUCCUUUGCCAUCAAUGCACUAACAGGGGGCCAUCUAAGAGAAAGUGUUGCAACACUUUUGGGACUGUUAAAAUGUGAGCCACAGAUGAUACAUGAGAUACUAGAUACGUGCAACAUCACUGGUUUUGAUUAUACCUCUAGUCCAUUGUACCGAACUGUAUUCCCACCACCAGGUACAAUCAUCCCUGAGAAGUUCCACUUCAUGUUAGACAACAGUUUUUCCUAUUUCAAGGAAGGGGAGUAUGCAGGUUAUGAAGUGUAUGAUCCUCUGAUUGAUGAUGAAGGUGAUGACCUCACUGGGGAGAUGGAAGCUGGAGAUGUCUUCAUAGUGUAUGUGAUUAUAAAGAAAGUUGUAACAUUGGGAGAAACUCCUCUCCAAGCCAGAUACAUUAUUGAAGCAAAAGACGGGACCAAAAAGGAAGUUUGUGCCACUCAGCUUUACAUGUUUUUCAGAGAUACAGAAGAUGGGAUGAUAGAAAGAAGCACUGUAUCACCAGACUCAACCUUUGAAGUUCCACUAGCCUUGGAGGAUGUUUUGAGAGAAAUUCGAAACACUUUGAGGGAAGCCUGGGCUAUGCUUGGUGAGAGGGAUAGGAACAGGGUGAAGAAACGUUUGUAUUUCAAGUGGCAUCCUGACAAAAAUCCAGACCGAAUUGAUUUCUGCAAUGAAGUCUGCAAGUAUAUUGGUAUAUACAUUGAAAGACUGGAGAAGGGACUAACCAUUGAUGAUAUUCAUGACGAAACUGGUGGAGGCAGUUCAACAGAUUAUUCAUGGUUCCACCGGUUUAAUGCCAGAACUUCAAGACACAGAUCAUAUCAGAGGGAGUAUCAACACUCUCACCGUCACUUCAGGGGAGGCAGCUAUGGAUCUGGAUCUGGUUCUGGUUCUGGUUCUGGUUCUGGAUCUGGAUCUGGAUCUGGAUAUGGAUAUGAAUCUGGCUCCUACCACCAGUCUACAGGAAAUCCUGAUCUAUCAGAAGCGAGGAGGUGGCUGCGUCAAGCCAAGGCAGAUCUAGAUGCUGGUAGAGAAGCCUUGGGUUCGUCAAUGGCGUACAACUGGAUCUGUUUUAUGGGUCAACAGGCUGCUGAAAAGGCCAUCAAGUCCAUGCUAUACAAUAAAGACUCCAGGCAAGCUGAUGCGAUGAGAACCCAUGAUUUAUCCAGCCUAUCUAGUGGUUUAGGUAACCCUUCCCUGACAUCCCUGGCCUCCCAACUACAGAAUGUUAUACAGGACUUCAACCGCCUGCGCUACCCGGACAGACUUGCCUACCCCAGGAUCCCAGCUGAUGUAUACACACAGGCCGAUGCGUCACAAGCAUGUGAGCUGGCUGGCAAGAUUGUGUGUCUGGUGGAACAGUCUCUACACUAAGGUAGAAUCUGUUCACACUCUUAUGGUCCAGGACUCAUAGACAGCAGAACAGCGUGGACCAUGUCCAUGGUGGCAGUUUCCUUCAGGCGGUAGGAAGCCUUGCAGCCAAUCUUCAUACAGCCAACUGUCAUGGCAUUGUCAUUCACACACUGUAGUUAGAUGUUUUGGACAUAUAUCUAUAUGACAAAUCAACUCUCCCUCAACCAUUUCAAAAAAUAUGUUUAAUCAUUUUUUGUUUUUGAAGAUUGCGAAGAUAUGGUUGUUUUUACUCACUUCCCAGAAGAGAUACUUAGUCUUGGUAUUUGUUUUUCAUAUUAUUAUCAUUCCUUUUUGUACAUUCUUUGUUCAGAUGUAAAUAACAACGUAGUGAUUCUAUCUUAUCUAUUAUUCAAACUUGAGA